AACUCAGUGGAGGAUAUUUUUUAAUUGAACAGGUCAUGGAUUUCCUUCCGGAAUAUGUUCCUAUCGACAUUGAUGCAAUUUCUGGUUUUCCGACCCUCCAUCUGUCUUAUAUUAUGGAAAUUCUUAUCCCAAGACGAUAUGUCGGAAAAGAAAGAAUUCGAGAUCAAAUAGACAAAGUCUUUAAUGGAAUGAAUGCAAUUCAACUUGAUGAUCUAAAAGUAAUCCCCAUAGGAAGCAAAGCAGAAGGCUACAACAUUCCGGACGCUGUGCUUGCCACGAAAGGGAGUAUCGAGUUUCUAUCAGAUGUUGAUGUUAUUUUAACAAAAGAAAAAAUCUUGGUUUGUAGCGACAAAACAAUGAUGGCCGAUGAAAAAUAUAUGAUGUAUCUGGAUACAGAAAAUGUUCAUCCAGGAUACUGUAGGCUUCAACUUAUAAAGAAACCAAAAAUGGAUCAUUUUGCUGUGUUGCAUGAUGCAGAAACAAACACUUACUUCAUGAGUGGAACGAAGUACCAAAAAGAGUUUCUAAAUCAGAUUCCGAUGGAUUCAGAAGCUGAAAGGGAAAUGUAUGAAUUACAUGGACCUGCUCUACAAUACCAAGAUACAAAGCCUUUUACAUAUGACAGACGUCAUCAGAAAAUGAUCAACCCAUACGACCAUAUACAUGGAUUUCACUGUGAUGAUUGGCCAAAUGUUGCGGACGAGUGGAGAAGACGGCAACGCACCAGUGAAUGGAUUAGUAGUGAACUCAUUGAAUCGAUCGUUUCCAAAGGUUGCUAUGCUGUUCCAGUGCCUCACAAAUUGAGCAAAACCCCAGACGUAGAAUGGCGGAUUUCAUUUGCUGAAGUUGAGCAGAUGAUCGCAGAAUUUGCAGUCACCAAUGCACAAAGACAGUGUUUUAUUUUUUCCAAGCUUUUAAGACACCAAAUUCAGGAGGAAACUUCUCAGAAGUUUUUAUCCUCCUACUGUCUAAAGAAUGUCUUUCUUUAUUGCUGCGAAAAACUCCCUGUCAGUGCUUGGGAUGAAAACCCAGGGUCCUGCCUUAUGUAUUUGCUUGACUCCGUUGCUGUUUGCUUACAACAGGGUGUCUUGCCCAACUAUUUUAUUCCAGAAAACAACCUUCUUGAUCUUUUCACCGAGGAAGACAUUAAUACAUCUAUGAUUUUACUGAAAAUGAUGAGAAAAAACAUAUUACCACCUGUGUUAAGGUUUAAUGACAACCACAUUUUAGUAUUUGAACGGAAUGGAUGCUUGACCACAAGAGUGACCUUUAGGUCCGUAAUAGCGUCCGUGUUAGAAGACAUUCCUUCUUACACCGAAACUAGAAAUGUAGUAGCGUCUUUGACUGGUCCUUUCAUGAAAACACAAUGCGAUAUUGCUUUGAUCAGACUGAAAGAAAACUGUAGUCUUUUUCAAUAUCAUCAAGCCUUCUUUGAUUAUUUCUUAAGAUCACACUUGCCAGCUAUUCAUAUCAUUGACCUGUUUAAUCUCAUUGGAUUGAAUUUAGGUGAUACUGAACUUACCCAGAAAUAUUUUGAAUCUCUCUUACAACUCCAAAACCAGUAUCCAGAUGUUGUAAAACUGAAAGGAAACUUAGCGUGCAUGUAUUUUGUCGGAUCUCGGUUAGUGAGCUACCCUUCAGACGAACAACUGGUCAGAGCCGAAGAACUUUUCAAAGAGGUUCUUGCAUCCGAAGGUGUGCAUUUCCCAACAACCGUUGAUUUUGCAAAUUACCUGUGUUAUGUACAAAAAUGGAGAGAAGCGGCAUUACUUUUGGAGCAGUUUAUCCAUUUUGAACAGGAAUCUCACAACCUCAGUAACUGUUACAAUACAAAUGAAAAUGUUACUCUUGACCAAAUGUUACAAAGGGAGUUUUCUCAUACAAAUAUGCUUCACAUAUCCUCUUUGACUUUGGCGUAUUAUUAUCUGAUAAAAUGUUACACAAACUUGAAUCUGCCAUUUUUGGAUAUCAUGAAGAAGUUUGAAGAGCACUGUUCCUUUACUCAAGUUGGAAUUGACUUUCAGUUACUCGGAUACUGCUAUAUGAACUGUGCAGAUUACGACAAGGCUUGUGAUGCGUUUAUGAAAGUUUUAGAAUUGGAUCCAAGCAAUGAUGUUGCUGCUGCAAACAUUGCUGUUUGUCAACAAAAACUUAAAAGUGAAAAAAGUCAAAACCCCAGCAGUCUGCAGCAGAUGCUGUUAAAAGGAUUUCUUGUUGCCUUGGAAAUCGUAGAAAUGAUGGUGCGAAAACAUUUAAUAUAGAGAACCUUAAGUGGAAUAUGAGUACCAGAUCAAGAACGACCCAUACUGGAAACUGAAAGCUUCCUCGUACUCUACUCCACCCGAACGCAGCUUGGAAAUACUGCAGGAACAACCUUACACACUAUGAUACUACUUACGUGUUAUAGAAAUAUCCAAUAUCCAAUUGAAACAAGCAUUCUGAGAGUAUUGCAUUAGCAAUACUAGUCCCCUACCGGCAAGUGUAAUCUGGUU